CUGACAAGGAAGCAGGCACGGAUUCUAAAGAAAAGUCUCCUGCAGGACGCUUAUAUAAAGAUGAUCGUGUGCCGUGAUCUUUAUUUCUUUAACCAUGUCGAAGUCAGAGCUGGAAGUUCAAGUUGCAUCCGAACAGUUGAACAAAGUGUGCUCUCGUGUGAACGUCUCUGACAAUUUGCUAACUUUCCAAGAAGUCCAACAUAUAGUAAAAAGUUCGUGUGGCGGUGAAGCAAAGGUUCAGAAGUUUUCGUUGGAACCGUACUCUAAUAAACAGCUUGGAUUUCAGGGAUCUCAUAAACGGCUCACCGUGGAAAUUGAAACCAAAAAUGGAAAACGAACGUUGUCUUUCUUCGCCAAGUCCAUACCUUACGACAUACCCCUUCAGACUGAGUACAUGAUCGAGAAGUGUGUCUUUGACAAGGAAAGAAUAUUCUAUCGUGACAUAAUUCCUGAACUUCGUCGCCAAUACAAAUGUGAGCCGUGGGUUUCAACCUGUUACUUGAUUAAGGAUAAUUUGCUGGUCUUCGACGACUUAGGCGCUAAAGGUUACGCGAUGAAGAACAAAUUGUUCACCAAGGAACUUACUGUUUCCGGUCUAACGACCAUUGCACGAAUGCACGCGUCGUCUCUUUUGGCAGAAGCGCGCCUUGGAAAGACUUUUAAGGAGAUGUAUCCUCAUGCUUUCGUGGAAAGUUCUUUUUGUCACACUGGGAAACUUCGAAGAUGGUUCGACGUCGGUAUCGAAACUAUCGUUGCUGUCGCUGAACACCUUGGUCUUGAUGCUAGUUUAAUACCAACGACUUGCAAGGAAGUGUAUCACGCCGUAGAAAUGUCACCUACAAAACACAACGUGGUCAGUCAUGGAGAUCUGUGGGGGAAUAAUCUCAUGUUUAGUAACGAUAUACCGCCAAAGUGUUUGCUAGUGGACUUUCAAUUGUUGAGGUAUUCGCCCUUAGCACACGACGUGGCCCAGUUCCUGUACCUUUGCACCGAUCGUAGUUUUAGAGAAGCGUCGGAAGAGACUAUGUUGAAACAUUAUUACAGUGUUCUGCGUGAAACCUUGAAUUCAAUGAAUUCGAUCUCCGUAGAGGUUCCAUCUUGGUCAGAGUUAGUGCAAGGAAUGGAAGAACAACGAUUAGGUGCUUUGAUCACUGCAGCUAUAUAUUAUCAGACUGUGUUGAUGGACGAGGACUUGAGUGCGCAGAUUAUGAACGAGGCUGAUCGUUUCAUCGACUACGUCUUUCAAAAUAGAAAGAACAUAGUUCUCAAGGCCAUGAAAAAUGAUCCCGUAUACAGUAAAAGAUUGGGUGACACUGUUGCCGAAUUGGUCGAGCUCAGUUUUCGACUCGAAGAGUUACCAAAACCAACGUAAUGUUUAAAAAUAUCAUUUUUAUUCUCUUGUUUUCCUACUAACAUUGAAACGAGUCUUUAGGCUAAGUCUGAAUAUUGAACCGAACAAUAUGUGACCUGACAUGAUGCUGAAAAAUAAUGAUAUCGUUUUAAAAUAUUAUUG